CCAUUAUCGGGGUGGUGGUAGUGCAGUACGUAGAGGUGCUGGGAAUAGUGGGAGCGGCGUUUGCAUUCUUCAUUCGCCGCUCUCCAUCCCUGGGUCGCCGCAUUUUGCCCCGAGUCCCCGGUACGUACCGUACCGUACCGUACCGUCUUACCAGCGUGACAUCAUCAAACUCGUCACCUCUCUCCUCUGUGAAAAAUAAUGCUCCAACCGGACAUUGCUUUCACUCAACUCCUAUUUUGCACAAGGUCCUCGCAGCCAGUGGCAUCUGGCCUUUCUUCCCAUAUGCACUCCGGUCACAGAGCUCCCAGUCGAGCCGCCUGUCUUGCCUGUCGCGCGCGCAAGAUUCGAUGCGACGGACGGAAUCCAUGUAGCAGAUGUUCCUACAAAGGGUUGAAUUGUGUCUAUCGCCCCAGCCGUCGGGGCGGGAUCCGUCGCGGUGGUGCGACCAAGUCGCCGGUCAACGAGGCUCCAGCGCCAGUCCACAACCCUACCGUUCCAGCUGUGCCCAUCGGCCAGCACCCAUUCCCAGUCUCCGCUUUGAAUGAUGUGAUCGGAGAGGAAGAAGACCUAACGAGCAUCUUCAAUCUUCUCAACCCUCUUGGUGGGAUUCGCAAUCUGGACGUGAAUGAGAUCGAUGAAUCGAGAUUUGAGGAUUGGAGAGGAGUGCCAGCAGCAGCAGGAGCCCUGGUUACCAAUGCUUGUGAUCCCAUGGGAGAUGUGAUGAGCACGAGUCCCCUCGUAGUUCUGCGCGCAUACACCUCCGAUGAGGACAUACUGAAUGCUUACUACGUACACAUCCAUCCAUUCUUACCGAUUCUUCCGCCUCCUCUCACAAAGCAACCUGAUGACCGGCCGUCGGCUGUUCAAUUCGCGCAGGGCCAAGUCAGGGCAAUCCAAGAAUCCUCUUUUCCACACUGGCCGGCCUCCGCACUGACCCUGGCCAUCUCAGCCAUUUUGGUAUCAAUCCCUCUGCCCCAGGAUUCCGACCCGAGUUCGGAGUCGAGUAUCUCGUUGAGACGGUCGGCGGCACAGCAUUUCGCAGAAGCGGCGUUUCGUGCAGUGGACGACGGGACCGAUGCGAGGGCUCAUACACCGGCCAACACAACUAUCUUCGCAGGACCCGGUAUUGGUAACAACGAUAUCGCGCCGGUGUCCUCCGUUCUGGCCCUGAUACUACUGAGUAUUCAUGAAUACUGCCAGCGGGGGAAUGUGUCUCGCAUGCGGCGUCGCGCUAAUCAGGCGAUCACAACCGCCAUGGAUCUCCGCUUGCAUAGCCUGGGUGCUGCGGCAACCGAGGCACAGCGCCGAGCGUGGUGGGGUGCGAUGUUCAUUCUAUAUCUGUCAUCCAUCGACCAGGACGUAUUACCUAUCAUCACCCUUGACGACCCGCGGAUCACGACCCCGUAUCCUGCCAUCCACAACCACUCGGAGCCAUGGCCCCUUCUGCUCCAAGCCGAGGCUAUCAUCCUAUCAGUGUCGCAGACCUUGUAUAACCGGCGCCGCCCUCCAGCGCUAGCAGGCACGGCUCCUUCCCAGCUUACGGCUGCAAUUACACGGCUUGACGCGAACAUCCUGGAAUUGACGCGCAAGCUCGACCGGUCACCGCGACCUUCAUCCAGGACCGGUGUCGAAGCACAAGCACUCUUAACGACGUGGGCGAUCGCCCAGUCCCUGGUUUAUUCGUAAUAAUCCCGGAUUCCCACCUCUUCGCCAACCAAAAUGACUAACAAACUGCCUAAACUCUCAUGAUAGAGCCCGCGUGCGCCUCCACCGCUCCCGCGCCUUCAGCAACAUAGCCCCCAUAUUCAUCUCCAAACAC